AGCUGGCUUUUUAGGACCCGGCAGAGGCGGGGGAGGAGAAAGAAGGCAAGGAGGCGUCCCCCGCGCUCCCCAGGACCGUGCCACCUGCCCGCUAGCUCGCCGCACUAACGCUGCCAACAAGCCAACAUGCUGCCGAGACUGGGCGGCCCCGCUCUGUCGCUGCUCCUGCCGUCGCUGCUGCUGCUGCUGCUGCUAGGCGCGGGCGGCUGCGGCCCCGGAGUGCGCGCCGAGGUGCUGUUCCGCUGCCCGCCCUGCACGCCCGAGCGCCUGGCUGCCUGCGGACCCCCGCCCGACGGGCCCUGCGCAGAGCUGGUGCGAGAGCCCGGCUGCGGUUGCUGCUCCGUGUGCGCACGGCUGGAGGGCGAGGCAUGCGGCGUGUACACACCGCGCUGCGCCCAGUCGCUGCGUUGCUACCCCAAUCCUGGCUCUGAGCUGCCCCUGAAGGCGCUGGUCACCGGCGCGGGUACCUGUGAAAAGAGUCGCGUGGGUGCUACCCCACAGCAGGUUGCAGAUAAUGGUGAUGACCACCCUGAGAGGGGCCUGGUGGAGAAUCACGUGGAUGGGACCAUGAACAUGCUGGGAGGCGGAAGCAGUGCUGGCCGGAAGCCCCUCAAGUCAGGCAUGAAGGAGCUAGCUGUGUUCCGGGAGAAGGUCACCGAACAGCACCGGCAGAUGGGUAAAGGCGGCAAACACCACCUCAGCCUGGAGGAGCCCAAGAAGCUGCGGCCACCUCCUGCCAGGACCCCUUGCCAGCAGGAGCUGGACCAAGUCCUGGAACGCAUUUCCACUAUGCGCCUUCCGGAUGAUCGGGGCCCCCUGGAGCACCUCUACUCCCUGCACAUCCCCAACUGUGACAAGCACGGCCUGUACAACCUUAAACAGUGCAAGAUGUCUCUGAAUGGACAACGUGGGGAGUGCUGGUGCGUGAACCCCAAUACCGGGAAGCUGAUCCAGGGAGCCCCCACCAUUCGAGGAGACCCCGAGUGCCAUCUCUUCUACAAUGAGCAGCAGGAGGCCGGCGGGGCUCACGCCCACAGCGUGCAGUAAAACCACAGCUAGUUGGUGCCUGGCUCCCCUACCCCAAACACCGGCAGAAACGGAGGGUGCUUGGGUUAUGGGUAGGGAGGAUUUCCCACUUUUGACACAUGUAUUUAUAUUUGGAAAGAGACCAACACUGAGCUCAGAAGCCUCCCAGCCUCCCUUCCAGCUACAAAUAACCUGGACCUCCAUUCCUGCUUCUCUUGGGGAGGGGAAGGGUGGCACUGGGGGUGCUGGGUACAGGCUUGGGAAUGGGGAAAGAAAUUUUUAUUUUUGAAUCCCCCGUGUCUCUUUUACUUAAGAUUAAAGGAAGG